AUGGGAAAUCUUUCUUCUCGAGCCCGUCGAAGACGUCCAACUGAGGAAAAGUCCGUUUCGGGACUUUUGUCACUCGAAGACCUAGAAACUAAAGGUUAUGACAUAGAAAACUUGGUUUUCGCCAAUUGCGGUGCCGAAGGCUUCUCCUAUGCGGGGUCCAUGAGAGUUCUUGAAAAACUGUGUCUCCUGGAACGAGUGAAACGUUUUUCCGGCGUUGGCACUGGUGCUAUUGUUGCUACACUUCUCGCAAUCGGUUUGGAUUCUAAAGAACUCCAGGUUGCUUUCAACGAACACUUACAAAACGUACAGAAUGACGACGAAUUGGGAUACGAGAGUUUCGCAACGAAUUAUACGGAACAUUACGGAUGGAACUAUGGCAACCAUUUCUUCGACUGGUUUGACGAGCUUCUCGAAUCUAAGUGCUUCGAUAAGGAACUGACUUUCUUACAGUUUUACGAUAAGACCGACAAGGAACUAUGCCUUCUUGUUACCAAUGUUAAUAAAUUAAAACUAGAAUACUGUCAUCCAAAAACAACUCCAGAUUUGCCUAUUAAACAAGCCCUCUUUAUGGCGAUCUCUACACCGGGUGUUUUUGCUCCAACGAAAUAUGGAUCAGCUAACGAUGUGAGCUUGUAUGUGACCGGCGCCCUGACUUGCAGUUAUCCGGUUCAUUCUUUCGACGGCUGGUUUCUGUCUAUGGAUUCCGAUGACUCGUUCUUGAAUAAACUGGAAUCACCAGAGAUGUUCUACAUGCCACAGGUCUUUGACAACCGAAGCCCAAAGACACUUGGAUUUUUCCCACUUGACAAACAAAAAGAAUCUUCACACGUGGAACUAGUUGAGCGAUUAGCAUCGGCCAAUGCCGACUUAAAAACCCCUCGAACAACACUGGGUCUCAAAUACAAAUGCGCUUGUCAAAAUCGGGCCACACUUGCGCAUAAGUUUUCCCAAUUAAAAAAAGCUUGUUCAACGUUGCUCCUCUUGGCGGAAGACCUUCAAGAUGACCAAGGCAACAUCCCCUUGAAUUCAUUCGCUGACAAAGUAUUCUGCGACAAGUCCUUUACUAAAUCUGACCGCCUCCUCUUCCCAGAGAUCGGCCGAAGACCCCAGGACUUGAACGCCUUCCUUCUCACUCUAGCCGACGAGGAAAAUAGCAUAUCGCAACUACGUUUGAAGUUGUUUAUUCAAUCAAAAUUAUUGACUUUAUUGAAUCAAUACUCUUCUUAUUACAAAACCGACAUCAACAAUCUGCGGUCUUACUUUGAGACGGUCUUCGAUACCACUGCUUUUUCUACAAUCGAGCUGUCCAAACUCGAUUACGAUCGUACUGUCGGUAUUGUGUGCCGACAUGUUGGCCCGCAAGACGUCGAUUUCGAAGACGACGAUCAGAGCUUCCUCUAUCGACAAGGCUGGAAUGCAACUGUAUGUUAUUUUAGAAACCUCUUAAAACCGACCGAUGACAGCUCGGGAAUUAAGAGCGAAUCUGUUAACGCUGAUUAA